GGGCAUGGUGCGGGCUUGCUGUGGCGCGGGGUUUUGAAUACUUCUAUCAGGUGGUAGAGGCCAAGGUUAUGGGUGUCUCUGAAUGAGAAGUCGUGAAGCUGAGGCAGGAGGAUUGCCGCGAGUUUGAGGGCACCCUGCGCCGCUUAGGAAGACCCUCUUAUGAAAAAAUAAAUAAUAAUAAAGGCAGCCCCUGAUUCCGAGCUGUCUGGGAGGAGAGCCGGGGGGAUGUCCCUCCAUCCCUUCGCGGAAGUUCACUCCAGAGAGGGAAGCGCCUUGGAGACUAGGUCAUGGGCAGCUGGCUGUGUCUCAGAGCUAGUGACCAACCUCUGUGGUUGGGAAAUGUGUUGCUGGAUGCGGUAGGCUGCGGCUGCCCACGGAGUUUAAAGGAAGAAGAUGAGCCUGAAGUCCGAACGCCGGGGAAUUCAUGUGGAUCAGUCUGAGCUUCUGUGCAAGAAAGGAUGCGGUUACUAUGGCAACCCUGCCUGGCAGGGUUUCUGCUCCAAGUGCUGGAGGGAGGAGUACCAUAAGGCCCGGCAGAAGCAGAUCCAAGAGGACUGGGAAUUGGCAGAAAGACUUCAGCGGGAGGAGGAAGAGGCCUUUGCCAGCAGCCAGAGCAGCCAAGGAGCCCAGUCCCUCACGUUCUCCAAGUUUGAGGAAAAGAAAACCAAUGAGAAGACCCGCAAGGUCACCACAGUGAAGAAGUUCUUCAGCGCCUCUUCCAGGGUCGGAUCCAAGAAGGCAGAAAUUCAGGAGGCCAAAGCUCCCAGUCCCUCCAUAAACCGGCAAACCAGCAUUGAGACGGACCGAGUGACUAAGGAGUUCAUAGACUUUCUCAAGACCUUCCACAAGACAGGCCAAGAGAUCUAUAAGCAGACAAAGAUGUUUCUGGAAGCAAUGCAUUACAAAAGGGACUUAAGCAUUGAGGAACAGUCAGAAUGUGCUCAGGACUUUUACCAGAACGUGGCUGAAAGAAUGCAGACCCGAGGGAAAGUGCCUCCAGAGAAAGUGGAGAAGAUAAUGGAUCAGAUCGAAAAGCACAUAAUGACCCGUCUUUAUAAGUUCGUGUUCUGCCCAGAGACGACUGAUGAUGAGAAGAAGGAUCUCGCCAUUCAGAAGAGGAUCAGGGCUCUGCACUGGGUGACACCUCAGAUGCUCUGUGUUCCUGUCAAUGAGGAAAUCCCUGAAGUGUCUGACAUGGUGGUGAAGGCGAUCACAGACAUCAUCGAGAUGGACUCAAAGCGUGUGCCUCGGGACAAGUUAGCCUGCAUCACCAGGUGCAGCAAGCACAUCUUCAACGCCAUCAAGAUCACCAAGAAUGAGCCAGCCUCCGCCGACGACUUCCUGCCCACUCUCAUCUACAUCGUCCUGAAGGGUAACCCCCCUCGCCUGCAGUCCAACAUCCAGUACAUCACUCGUUUCUGUAACCCCAGCCGCCUUAUGACAGGCGAGGACGGCUACUACUUCACCAACCUGUGCUGUGCUGUGGCUUUCAUUGAGAAAUUAGAUGCUCAGUCUUUGAAUUUAAGUCAGGAGGAUUUUGACCGAUACAUGUCUGGCCAGACUUCCCCGAGGAAGCAGGAGUCUGAGAGUUGGUCCCCGGAGGCCUGCUUAGGUGUGAAGCAAAUGUAUAAGAACUUGGACCUCCUGUCUCAGUUGAAUGAACGGCAAGAAAGGAUCAUGAACGAAGCUAAGAAACUUGAAAAAGACUUAAUAGACUGGACGGAUGGAAUUGCCAAGGAAGUUCAAGACAUUGUUGAGAAAUACCCACUUGAGAUUAAACCCCCAAACCAACCAUUAGCAGCCAUCGACUCUGAAAAUGUAGAGAAUGACAAGCUCCCCCCACCACUGCAGCCUCAGGUGUAUGCAGGCUGAUGUCUUGGACACCGUAUUUAUGUGGGGCUGAUUGCAGGGAGCUGCUGUGUUCCACAGUUCAGGUCUGGAAUAUGAAUUAACUGCUUAAAGUUUCAAAGUAUUUUUAAGGUACAGCUUAGGGAUUGUUUAUUUUUUUUCUUUUUCUUUUUUUCUUAGCAGGGGAAGCUUAGUAAAUAAUAAUGCAAUAUUUAUUUGAGUUGGUGAAGUAGGUUUGUGUGAAUUCUGUGUCAAUCUUUUAUGUCCUCCCUAAUUUUCCCAUGGGCUUCCUCUGUGGUAGAUGUUGUUGGUUUUGGACAAAUACUGCCUUUAAAAGGAUAAAACAAAUGCUACAAAGUCUAUGUUGAAAUGAGUUCUAUGUUCCCACACUCUUCCAGUGUGAAAUAAUUUUGUAAUUGUAAAGAUAGAAAAUAAUGUUAAUAAGUAAAUAUGUAAAAUUGUAAAUAUGUAAAAAAAAAAAAAAGGGGGUUGAGGGAGGGAUGGUGUCUAUGUGCAUGGCAUUUCAUGGGCUAAUUUUUUUUUUUUUAGGUAAAAAUGAAAUAUAUUGAAUGUUUGCCUUUAGCGCCAUUUUAUUUGGUUUGUUCCACUGAAACUAAUCUAAAAAUUUGGGCUUCACCUUUAAUAGUACAUUAGCACUAACUGCCCUAAAUCUGAGGUCCUUUCGGGUACAUGUUACGAAGUGUGACACCAACUUUUAGGUCACAUAAGGUAUUCUACGAUCCUGGUGAGGUGGUUCAGUUGUGAAGUGCUUUCCACAUCACUGUGAGGACCUGAGUUCAAUGUCCAGCACCCAUGUCAAAAGCUCCCAUGGUGACAUGCACUGGCAGUGGCACCGCCGGGCGGCAGAGGCAGGCAGGUUCCGGGGCCGCUGGGUACCAAGCUUUGCCUCACCUAACCGCUCAGUUCCAGGUUCCAGGGAGAGACCCUGCCUAAACAAAGAAAUCAAGACAGAUGGCUCCUGAGAAAGGACACCCAAGGUUGACCUCUGGCCUCCACAUGCCCACAUAUGUGCCUGUGAACCUGUACAUACUUGUACCAUACACAAGUAAACACAUAGAGUUGCUAGUUAGUACAGUUGACUUUGAGCUGUACUUGUAGCAUCCUUUCUCUUACUCAUCCAGUAAAGUUCCCCACCUCUUGUGGGGGUGUUGCUGUUUUGAUUUGUUUUGUUUUGUUUCUUAACUUUGGUUUUUUGAGACAGGCUCUUACUCUGUAACCCAGGCUGGCCUCAAACUUGUGCUCCUUCUACCUCAGUCUCCCAGUGUUGGGAUUGAUGGGUAUGUACUACCACACUCGGUUCAUUCUGACGAAUCAGCACCCACUGUGAUACAAAGACUUGGAUGGAGCCAAUGGGUUACAGAAACCUCUCUUAGAACUUUUAACCUCAGAACUGACAUUUGUGGCUUGAGAUCUUGUUAUGGCAAGACUGCCCUGUACAUUUUGGAACACUGAGUAGCGUUUCUUCUUUCUGUACCCAGUAGAUACCAGCGGCAUCCCUCCCCCACCAUGUUUGUGGGGGAAAUGGUUUCCAUUCAUGUAUGGUGGCACAUGUUUCUAAUCUCCUGGUACUCAGGAGGUGGAGGCAGGAGAUCAGGUGUUCAGAUCACCCUUAUACACAUAGUGAGUUUGAGGCAAGCCUGGGCUGUAGACAUCCUGUCUCAAAGAAAGAGAGAAAAAAUAAACUAAACUUGUCUCUGGACAUUAUCAAAUGUCUCCUAGGAGACAGAGCUAGCCUCUGCCAAGAAUCACCAGACUCUUGUCGUAAGGGGGUUAUGCUCCUGCUAGUUAUAUGCUAAAACCAAAGACUGUUGCACUGAGUAUGUAGUGUAUUGCUACUUGAUGUCUCCCUAAGUGAGGCCCUGCAGUGGGGAACCUUCUCUAAUCCGUGUGGAACUUCCUCUAACCAGAUCGCACCAUGGAUGCAUGACUCUUCUCCAUGGCUUUCAGCACCCUUGUGAAAUUAGGGGUUCUCAGGAUACCAUUCUUGAACAGUAUCAUGACGUUCAAGUAGCUGAGAAAGGCUUUCUUCCUUUCUCAACAUAUUUUCCUAAAUGUUUACUACAAAUAUGUAGUAUAAUAAUUUUAGAAUAAAACUAGGGCAAGUAUAUAACUUUAAAAAUAUUUGUUUUUAAUUAUAUGUGUAUGUCUCUGUGUAUACAUGAGUUGCAGGUACUUGUGGAGGACAGAAGAGGGCAUCAGAUCCCCUGGAUCUAGAGUUAUAGGCAGCUGGUAGUAAGCCACCUGAUUUAGUUGCUGAGAACCAAACUCAAGUUCUCUGCAAGAACAGUAUGCGCUGUUAACUAUUGAGCCAUCUCUCUAGGGUGAAAUACUAGACUUUAGUGCUUUAUUUAGAAUGAUAUUAAAUACACAAAACUUGACACAUCAACUCUCACUAAAGACAUAGAGUAGCUCAACCAGCUGUUCCCAAGUUCACCGAGAAGGCAGUGAAUUAUUGUCAGAUGCCAGUGAAAGAGCUGAGGAGAUGGCUCAGUAGGUAAAAUGCUAACUUUGCAAGCAUGUGGCCCUGGGUUUAAUCCCUAGAACCCAUGUUAAAAUCCUGUUGUGGUGGUACAUCUUUGUAAUCUCAGCUCUUAAGAGGUGGCAACAGGAGGCUGCCCAGACAACCUGGUCUCCUUGGAGAAUCCCAGGCCAGUGAGAGAUACUGUCUAUCUUCAAAUAACAAGAUGGGUAGCAUUUGCCCAGAGGAACUAAUUCAGAGUUGAUGUCUGGCUUCCACAUCCAUGUAUAACCAGCUGAGAUCUUCUUUCACAGUAACAUGGGCCCAAGUGAUUUCAGUAUCUAGUACGCUUUCCUUUUCCUUAUUUUCUCUACUUUCUAGGUGCUAGUCCAGGCCCACAUAAGUCUAAAUUUUCCUAGAAACAUUCAGUUCUUUUAGUUCUACGUCAUUGAAUAGAAUAAUCAUAUCAAAGCUGGUGGGGUAGAGGCAGAAAGUUCAAGAGUUUGAGGUCAGUUUGAUCCCCAGCACUGUAUAAGCAAACAGAGAAUUGUGCAGAGUCAGCCUUGGUUGCAUUAGGAGUUUAUGGCCAGCCUCGGCUACACGACACCUUGCAUCAAGAAACUAAAAUAAGAAUAAAAUCAGCCCCUCACAAAAGCUGACUUCUGAGCUUCUUGUAGGUUGUUCACUGAGUUUCUGUUGGUCUGGUGCUUGAGGUAAUGGUCUCAUGCCUCAGGUACACGGUUCUUAUUUUUCUUAAGUCAGCACCAGGACAGUGGCUAGAGAUUCUGUUUUCUGAACAAGAAAGUGCAGUAUUUAUGUGCUGUGAAUGUUAUUCAAAUCAAGUGUUGGGAAAGAUGUCCAUAUCAAUAAAGUUUCAUGAUCCAUCCUUCUUCCAAUUA